ACUUGACCAGUCGUAAGUUAUAUUCUUGCAUUGACCGUCUCCCAUUUAUAAUCUCCAAUUAUUUCUCACGUCUUCAUCUGCAAACCCAUUCCAGUUUCUGCAACGUAGGAAGGAUGUCAGAGGGAGAUAUCUGCAAUAAUGGUUUUCAUGAUUCUUCUAUCAAUAAGGUUGAUCCCAGCAAACCUGCACCUUUGACAUGGCAUCGGAAACUAAACAGUGAAGAAAAUGUCCCUUUGGAGUUCACUCUGAGUUUUAAAGAGAAGCUUCAACUGGCUCCUAUAGGUCUUCGGUUAUGGCGUCUUGCACGAGAACAAGCUGCAAAAGGAAAUAUGAUUAUUUUUGAUCCAUUUACCAAGCGGUUUACAACAUCACAAGGUGUUCCCCUAGGUGGUAUCGGUUGUGGAAGUAUCGGGAGAAGUCACAGAGGUGAAUUUCAGCGGUGGCAACUGUUCCCUGGAAAAUGUGAAGACAAACCAGUUUUAGCAAAUCAAUUUUCUGUUUUUGUUUCACGCUUGGAUGGUAAAAAAUAUUCCAGUGUACUAUGCCCCAGCACGAGGAGCCAGAAGAUGCUCAAAGAAAACACUGACUCAGGGAUUGGACAUUGGGACUGGAAUCUGAAAGGAGAAAAUUCUACAUAUCAUGCCUUGUACCCAAGAGCUUGGACUGUCUAUGAUGGUGAACCGGACCCUGAACUUAAAAUCGUCUGUCGUCAAAUUUCACCUAUUAUUCCCCAUAAUUAUGAGGAGAGCAGCUUUCCUGUCUCAGCUUUUACUUUCACGAUCCAUAAUCUUGGGAAGACCACUGCAGACGUCACCUUGCUUUUCACCUGGGCAAAUUCUGUUGGUGGCGAUUCUGAAUUUUCUGGUGGUCACUUCAAUUCAAAGAUAAUGAUGAAGGAUGGCAUUCAUGGUGUACUUCUGCAUCACAAAACUGCAAAGGGACAGGUUCCUGUUAUUUUUGCAAUUGAAGCACAGGAGAGUGAUGAUGUUCAUGUCUCAGAGUGCCCGUGCUUCGUAAUAUCUGGGAACUCCAAGGGUAUAACUGCCCAGGACAUGUGGGAUGAAAUUAAAGAGCACGGAUCAUUUGACCACCUUAAGUUCCCUGAGACGUCAACACCAUCAGAACCAGGAUCAUCUAUUGGGGCAGCAAUUGCAGCUUCUGCUACUGUUCCAGCAGGUGCAACACAUACUGUUACCUUUUCAUUGGCAUGGGACUGCCCUAAUGUUCAGUUUUCAGGUGGAAAGACUUAUCACAGGCGGUAUACAAAAUUUUAUGGUACUCAGGAGAUAGUGCUUUCAGAAGGAGAAGAGAACAUUGGCCAAUUCCUUUACCUGGAAGGAAUAGAGUAUCCCAUGUGGAACACCUAUGAUGUUCAUUUUUAUGCAUCUUUUGCAUUAGUUAUGCUAUUUCCAAAACUAGAACUCAGCAUCCAAAGAGAUUUUGCCACAGCUGUGAUGAUGCAUGAUCCUAGUAAAAUGAAACUUUUAGAGGAUGGACAAUGGGUCCCAAGAAAAGUUCUUGGAGCUGUUCCUCAUGAUAUUGGCAUUGAUAACCCAUGGUUUGAAGUAAAUGCCUAUAGCCUUUACAAUACAGAUCGGUGGAAAGAUUUAAAUCCAAAAUUUGUUCUCCAAGUGUACCGUGAUGUGGUUGCCACAGGUGAUAAAAAGUUUGCACAAGCUGUCUGGCCUUCAGUGUAUGUUGCAAUGGCUUACAUGGACCAAUUUGAUAAGGAUGGGGAUGGGAUGAUUGAGAAUGAAGGCUUCCCAGAUCAGACAUAUGAUACAUGGUCUGUAUCUGGUGUGAGUGCAUACUGUGGUGGGCUAUGGGUGGCGGCAUUACAGGCUGCAUCAGCCUUGGCACGUGAAGUUGGUGACAAGGGUUCUGAAGAUUAUUUUUGGUUCAAGUUUCAGAAGGCCAAACUUGUCUAUGAAAAGUUAUGGAAUGGUUCUUACUUCAAUUAUGACAACAGCGGUGGUCCUUGCAGUUCAUCUAUUCUGGCUGAUCAAUUGGCUGGACACUGGUAUGCACGAGCAUCUGGACUUUUACCAAUUGUUGAUGAAGACAAGGCCAAGAGUGCAUUGGAGAAGGUUUAUGCUUACAAUGUCUUGAAGGUGAAGGAUGGUAGACGGGGGGCUAUAAAUGGCAUGCUACCUAAUGGAAGAGUUGACAUGACAACAAUCCAGUCAAGAGAAAUAUGGUCAGGGGUCACCUAUGCAGUUGCUGCAACAAUGAUUCAAGAAGGUAUGACAGAUACAGCAUUCCGCACUGCAGCUGGAGUUUAUGAAGCGGCAUGGUCUGAAAAUGGACUCGGUUACUCAUUCCAAGUCCCGGAAGGGUGGAACAACAGUGAUGAAUAUCGGUCUCUAGCUUAUAUGCGGCCUUUGGCGAUAUGGGCAAUGCAAUGGGGUUUAUCAAGACCACAGCAAAAGCUAGAAAAGCAAGACCUGAAACCAGAAAUAAAGGUAGAUACUCUGCUGAAGCAACAUGCUGGAUUCUCCAAGGUUGCAAAUCUUCUGAAGUUGCCAAAAGAAGAAUCACCUAAAGGAAAAGGUUAA